GAGGGAGGGAGAGGGGGAGUGCAUGUGAGAGUGCCGUCAUUCGUUUCUGAGCAGUGAACAAGAACACAGCAUCUCCGGAUGGAAGAAUCGACUCAUGAGUGAAGAGGAAUAAUAAAGCAAGAGAGCAAGGUCAACAGAGAAAACACAUACCUAUAACGAUAUAUCUAUAACCCAGUAUACAUAUAUCACUAUACAGUAUGUCUGUUUUCCACAAGCACCGGGUAAGAGAGCGUGUGUGUGCUGUGUGUGUGAGUGAGUGAGAGGGAGAGAGGGAGAGUGGGAGAGAGAGAGAGAGAGAGAGAGAGAGAGAGAGAGAGAAGCAGAUCUGUAGGUGCCUCUUAACAACAAGCCACAACACACACACACACACACAAAUGAAAAUAGACACUCAUCAGAUGAGCACUGCUUGUGUAGCCUUACAUGUGUUCAUGUGAAAUGAGAGUAUAUGGUGUGGUGUAGUGUGGUGUCGUGUGUGAGUGUGUGUGUGUGUGUGUGCAUGUGUGUGUGUUUGUGUGUGUGUGUGUGUGUGUGCAUGUGUGUGUGUUUGUGUGUGUGAGUGUGUGUGUGUGGGCGACUGUAACAUAAACCUAUACACACUAACUCACCAGUUUAGUGUUUUCCUUUAUCAUUCUAUGUGUUUACAAUUAAACCAUCUUUAUGAUGUAGCACAAUAAUCAAUUACAACACACACACACACACACACACACAUUGUGUGGAAACUGUAAUCAACAAACACACACAUGCACACAUAUUUGAUUGUUUAUUUGUUGUAUGUAUUUAUUUUAAUGCUACUUCUAUAAAUUGAAUUCAAUACAUUGGCCAUGUGAUUGCAAUGCCACACACACACACACAUACACACUUUGAAUGAUUAUUUCAUUUGUCAUGUGCAGCUGUUUUAUUGCUAUUUGUAUAAAAUUUCUUUGUCUUUCUCUGUCUCUGUCUUUCUGUCUCCGUUUAUGCCAGUGCUAAAGCAUGUGAAGUGAAAUGACACUUUUUUACUAAUACAUAUCAGAUUGGUUUCUCAGAUAUCUCAAGUUCUCAAAUGGAUUCUGACUUCACCACAGAGACAUAUUGGUUCAGGUGUCACUGCCACAGAUGCAGCUCAGUUAGAGGGACACUGGGGCAAUGGUCAGGUUCUGAUAACACUAUGGAGAUGACUUCUUUUUGGGUCUCUGAUCUGAGAGUCAGGUUGUAGACCUGUUGGCAUGAAUAAAUUGAAUAGAUUGGAUGAUCUGGAAUUUCAGCAACUGAUUGAAGAGCUGAAUAUAUAGGCAUCUGCAGGAAAACAUUCUAAAAAAAGACACAAAUACACUCCAUCACAUAUUGGUGGUUCUGCAGGUGGCGGUACAGGUUGAUCCGUCACCCACAUUUUCCGGCGCACUUUAUCGCGGUAUGAAUAAUGGUUUGGCUGAUGGUAGGCCCUUUUGCGGUUUGUAUGAAUUAGCCACUGCUUCUCUCUGGCAUAAGAGAUAAAGUCCAUGUAAUGUGUCUCCCUGUUGGACGGAGUUCUGUUUGAGGCAUCAUCUUUCUAGUUGUUGAGGUUGAAGUUGAAUUUUCUAUAUUUGAAAUACUUUUUUGACUACAAUGAAUUUGCUGUUAUUCCCUUGGGUUAUAUGUAUUAGGCACCUGGGAAAUGAGGGCCAGACCAUCAGGGUUGGUUCUAGAUUAUAUUAUGCACUUAUUUAUCCCCUAUUUAUAAUUAUUAAUAAAUAUAAAUCUACUUGAAAUGAUUGACAUACUGCAGAGGACGUUGCAGUUACCCCUACUAGAGUUAUGCUGGGUACUCACUACUAGGGCCUGGGGCAGACCAAGAGUUAUUGAUUACAUGACUGCCCCCCCUUAUUUACAAAGAGAAAACCUACACAUUUAAAUUGUGAACAGUUAUAAGAAUAGCACUUCCAUAAGUUGAGCAAAUAAUUUUCAAUUAUCCUGGAACUGAUAAAGUGUCUCACUCUCUCUAUGUGUCUCAUUCUCUCUCUCUGUCUCUCUCUCUCUGUCUCUCUCUCUCUCUCUCCAGUGCUGACGCUUGGAUACCCACCAGUGUGCUGUCCUUUUUUGUCUCGCUUCACAUGUUGUGGGUGUCUUAUUUCCUGGUCAAACUGUCAGUUAACAUUACAACUUGAUCAUGUAAUGAAUAAGAAGACUCAGUUUCUUCUGCUAUUAUUGAGACAUUUGACUUUCUUGAGCUAUCAAUCCCUUGCUUUUCCUGUGCUUUUAAAGCCUGCUAACGUAUUGUGGGUGAGGACAUUUCUUUUCUAAGAAGAUGAACACGACACUCCUGAUUAUUUUAAAUCUUAUCCUGCUCGUAGCAGUCAUAUCAUCUGAUUCAGCCAAUCAGACUGAAGGGACUGUGACAAUGGAGGAAGAAGGGGUGGGGUCAUCAGGCAACCGUUGCUGGGGUUACUAUGAUGUGAUGGGCCAGUGGGACCCACCAUUUAACUGCAAUGCUGGCACUUACCUGUUCUGCUGUGGCUCAUGUUACUAUCGCUUCUGUUGCCAGUUCAAAGGUCAUAGCCUAGAACAGACCAGUUGCUCAAAUUAUGACACACCUGCCUGGGCCAAUACAGGAAAACCUGCUAGUGGAAAUGAUGCCAACAAUGCUAAUGCUAAUGCCAUUACUAACACUAGCAAUGUGCCCAAGUCAGACCAGACGCACAUGAUUGUAUAUGUGAUAUGCGGUGCAGUGGCCAUCAUGAUGCUUGGCGGAAUCUUUGCCAAAUUGGGUCUGGAGAGGAGCCGUGGAGGAGCUGGGGAUACCAGUAACACCAGAGCCCUGACAGAGCGGCUAAAGCUGCCAGGUGAGGCAGAGUGCGUGGUCAGAGGGGCAGGACAUCAUCCGGUCAGAUCUAAUGGAAUCUCUGGACGCCUGAUAAGCACUAAUGAACAUACAGAGACUAACAGAGACCACUAUAGGAGUUUCCCUUUGAUGGAUCACACAUACCGCCAGUCAUCACCUACAACUUUCCAGCCCAUUGCUUUCCACUCCAAAGAAAAACCAUUCCUUCUUCCACCAGAGAUCCACACUCCUGUCACUAACACCAUAACACCUUCCCAGAUGGCCAAGUCCAAGAUCUCCAUAACCAACAGUCACCCACUGACCUCCAGCUCAGCCUUCCAAGCCUGGGAACCAAGUAAAAGUCCUGUUAAGCUUCAUGCCUCUCUCACUGUUCAACAACAGCCAUCAGUGACCCAGCCCAACAGCCGAGGUCAUGUCUACUUAAACAAACUCCAGUUUAGAACAGAGACCCUGCCAGAGCUGUUCUGCCAGCCACUGGGGUAUGGCCGUUCCCCUCAGGUUCUUCCCAAACACAAGGGGCUUCACACGAACAGCAAGACAGAAGUGACUGUAUGAAUAAGAAGGAGCAGGGCACAGAGGGAGAGGAGGAGAAAAAAUAUGGAGGAACAAAUGAGACAUCAACAUUAAGAGCAUAUGUAUGGCUUGGAAUAAGAGUUUAACAAGCUGCAAUUCAAUAACUAUUUUUCCUCAUUGCCAAAUGAGCACAAGAUAUGCAGAUGAAGCAUUUUGUAUUUUGGUAAACACUUUUGGCAUUUUCUGUUAAAAAGAACAUAAUAUUCCAAACAGGAUGGAUCUUGAGUCAGUGGUGAGUCUUUGUCAAAUCUGGGCUUUCCUUUUUACUCAAUUUUCUCCUCUGUCACUCAAUUGUCUGAUCCAGUAAAUGAAAUGUGGUCAUAAAAGCAUUAUGACCACAGCAGCAAUGCAUCACAAUGUUCCUCACACAUGUCUGGACCGGUGCUGUCAGCUCCCAUUAAGAAUUGAUGUUCUUGGGAUUAAUGAGCUUACUAUACAAUUGGCAGAAUAGGAUUAGAAUGCUGAAAAAAACCCAGAACAUUUAACUCAUUAAAAAUAAAAAGGAAGUUCUAAUUCCACCACAUUCAGUGUUAGCAAAUUUAGUUUCAGAACUAGACACAGAUAAAAAGAAUCUCAUAUUCAGAGCAUUGAUAGGAACAACAGUCACCUGAGAACAGCAUUAAUUUCUUGGGAAUCAGGAAAGGCUGCUCUUCUGUUUGAGAGAGAGAUAGCUCUGUUCAAUCGUUUUCUGUUUCUGACAAAUGGAUGUUUUUCUUUAUUAGCAAAAAUAAGGGAUAGGCUGGAACCACACUGCUACCCUGACCAGGAUAAAGUUCUUAAUGAAGAUGCUAAUGCCAAGUCUAAUGCCUUGCAUAUGUCUGAGGUUUUAAAGAUUGAGUCUCAGGAAAAGGGGAAAAAAUCUGCAGCAGUAAAAGGACAUAUUUGAGAUAUUUCCCUGUGAUAAUGUAUAAUAAGACUCGCUCUGCCUCUCGCUCUGCCUCUCGUUUCUCCUCUUACUCACCAGUUCUAUUUUAAGAAACAGUUCAUUUCCACUGCAGCAUCAGCUGCCAGGACAGAUCUGCUGAAAUGCCAUCGUGAGUUUUCCCACAGCGAGGAUACGAUUGUUCAGCUUGCUGAUUGAUGUGAGAUUGCAAUAACGCAGUCUUCUGGGCCUGUUCCAGGUUUGGCCAUGUGACUUAAUUACCUCGGCCCAGUCUGAUCUGGUGUUUCCAUGGAGACGCCCCCAUGGAUGCCUGUAGGACUCAGCAAGGACAAACAUGGAUGCAGACGCCAUUUUUAUCUCUCAAAAGCAGCCGAUCAGACCACCAUUUUCUCAGACAGCCAUGUAUGGGAAGUUAAGCAGUAAGGUCAUGUUCUGAACAUUACAGGCUUUUGAAGAAAAUUUUGCAUUCAGAUUUUCUACACAGUAUACAUGAUGAAUAGAUUCACCGUGAAAGCCUGGUAUGAUAUUAUGAAGCUUUCAGGCAUGAAAUCUGCCUACAAUAAUGACAACUAAUUAUGCAAGCUUUUUUUAUUGACCUUGUAAUUUAAAUAUUGAUAUCUGUGGAUCAAUCCCAGUGACUAAUGGUUUAAAAUCUUCCUGAAACAUCUUUAGCAAUAGAUAUCCUAAAAGAAAUUUGCUUCCAGAAUGUGAAAUAAAAUUUUAUCUUGAUGUCUUUCACAUUUUGAAAAUGUCUUGCCACAUUUGAAGUUUGUGCUGCAUGUAGCAAAUUAUAUUUUACCUUUAAUCACUUUUAAUAAUCACCUGCAAGUGUACAUUUGAUUCUACUGUAAUAUGUUCAACAUUUCACCCUUUACAGUUUACCUGUAGACAAUUGUUUAUAUGUUUAUAUAACAGUUUAUAUCAUUGUUUAUAUGACAAGGGCUGAUUAGUGUGGAAUAAUCUGAUUUCUAUUCAACUGAAACCAGCACGAAAAAAAAACCCUUCAGAAAGCCAUGGUAAUGUGUACAGGACAGACCGCAUGCUAAAGCACUGACAUUAUAUUAGAUUCUUUUUCUUUUUUCUUCUUUUUUUUGUAAAUCUAAAUUAUUCUUAUAAAAUCCAAUAAAAAUGAAUUAUUCAGUGCAUAAUGUAUAAACAUUGGUCUACAGAAAGACAAAAAACAAACAUGUAAACAAUUAUGUAUGCAAAUUCCUGUAUGAAUAUUUAUGAGCAUGUGCAUUUUGUAGCCUAGUUGUGUGAAGUUCAUGCUUCACAUACUGGACAGUAAAUCAGUGGGUGAAUAAUUACUGACUGCUGAGCUGAACAAAGUAUUGGCACCCUUCUUCCCACAUCACUCAGUAUAAACACAGCAGUGGUUUGUUCUCAGCUCACAUUGUUAGAGCUUUAAUAGUAAUGUAAAAAUCUGUAAAGGAUCAAAUACAGUAUCUAAUUUAAUCUAAUCAUAAUCUUCAUGUUAAAAUCUUGAACUGCAGACCAGUAAAACUCAUCCACUCUCUCUGUCACUCUCUCUCUCUCUCUCUCUCUCUCUCUCUCUCUCUCUCUCUGCUAUUCUAUCUCCUGACCGUUCUCAAUCUCUGAAUAUUUUUGUAUACUGCAUUAAAGGGCAUGUAGCAUUCACUAAUGUAGAUUAGUUAUUAUAAUCUGUUUAUUCUGAGUGAGGUAUCUGUGUACACAUUUUUAUAAUAUCAUAAAAGCAAAUGCAAGCAAGGAAAAACAAAAUGUCUGUUCUGUCAGUUGUGUGUGAACAGUUCCAGUGCAGUGCAGAGAAAUGACCUGUGUUUUAAAGCUCAUUUGUAGCAAAUGUUAUCAUGUUUUCUGAUGAAUUCUUUAAAAAAAUGAAACUCACAGUGAUGUCAUACAGAUUAGGCAUAUGUCGAUGAAUCAGUUCUAAAAUAUUCUGUGAUAUUUUCACUCCCUGCCACAUUACAGUCUGUUUAAACAGUGUUUAGGGUCUGAACAUGAACUCUGUCCCUUUCAUAUCGCAGUGUAAAAAGCUAACCACAUGUCUCAUGAAAAGGUCAUCCACACAUGUCUAAUCCUGAACAGGUCAUGUGAUGUCAUGAACAGGUCAGAAAACAACUUUGGUAGUAAAAGCCUAUAUUUAUGCAACCUUACUAUGGUUAUGAUGUUUUGUGAAUUUUAUGCACAACUUUUUAAAUUUAUAGAAUAAUCAGUCUUUGUAUGAUCUUGGUACAAAAUAAAAAUAAUCU